GCCUUUCCUAUGAGUGGCAAUUGCCUGCUCAGCCCUCCCACAUGUGGCUGCCUGUGCCCCUCUCUAUCAAAUGAUUCACUGCAACGUGGUGUAAAAACUCUUCCGGGUUCCAGAUCCCAUUUCCUGCGCUGGGCAAACACAGGGAACAGCGGGAGCUGCGAGGGGAGAGGGAGCUGAGAGAGAAGCAGUGGCAGCUGCCGACCCCUCUACUCGCACAGGCACAGAAUCCCCCCUCUGUCCUGAUUGGGGUCAGGAGCCUCCCCCCACCUGCUGGAGGAAGCAGCAGCAGCAGCCACACGCAGGGAUCCAUACACACAACUUGCAGCCCAGAGCGGGCACCUCAGCGGGCUCACCAUGAAGGUCCUGCUGCUCUCCGUGCUUGCCUGCCUGCUCUUAUAUAAUCCAGCCCUCGGGAUCCCCGUGGAGAAGCGAGAAAUGGAACAUUCCACCGCCGCUACCAAUGUGCGCAACAGCACCGCGGAAAUCCCCGCACCCCGGGAUAACUCCACCGCUAAGGUGUCCCGCUUUAAUGUCAUAGAGAGGUACAUGCCCACCAUCAAGAACGUCUUCAUCUUCGUGUGCGGCCUGAGCACCUUCCUCAUCGUGUGCCUGGUCAUCAAGAUCUUCAGGUCUGGAAAAAGAAUACGAAAGACUCGGAAAUAUGACAUAAUUACGACUCCUGCUGAACGGGUAGAAAUGGCACCUCUAAAUGAUGACAACUAUGAGGAUGAAGAUGCAACAGUAUUUGACAUAAAAUACAGAUACAGCAGGUAAAUGGAUCUUCUUACACCUGGUCGCCAAAAAUAAAAAAAAUGACACUGAAGCCAAAUAUCUGAAGUGGAGUAUUCUUUUCUCAUCUCCAAAGACGAAAUACCAAACAACUCAUAUCUACGUGCAGCAUGGUGUGCCAAGAAACAAGAUAGCAUAAUCUGCAUCCAGCACCUAUUGGUUUAUCGUAAUAAAAGCCCUGAGGCCUUCACAGUCAAAAGAGAGAAUUAUGAGCCUCCGAAAGAAUCCCUAUUUCAGACUUUUAUUUUUUCACAUGCCAAGGAGGGAUUGCGGCUUGUGUAAAGACAUUACGUGACUACUUUAAUUACAGGAAACCGUCCACUUUGUAAAACAAAAUCAAUAAGCCUUCAGGUAAAACUUCAAUCAGUUCGUUUUUUUUUUUUUCUCCCCUUUCAUGUAAUAAUUAAUUAAGCCUCCCACACCAUGGUCUACAGUCAUCUGCUGUGACUUAAAUCCUUAACAUUGGCUAAACAAACUCACGAAGAUAACAUCCAGAUGACACAAGCUCACCAAUUAAAAAAUUCCUCCGAAAAUAGAACACGCAAAUUGAAAGUUUUUACAUGGAUUAACCUGUUGGUGAAUCUCAAUCCGCUUUUUUUUUUCUUAUUAUCAGACCGCUUCAUCAUCAUUUGUUUUACUGUGUAUAUAAAUUAAGGUUUUCUCUGGUUUUAUAUUCACAAGGUGAUGUGGGAUGGAAGUUGAUGUUGCAAUUAUUUGAUGGUGAAUACAAUAAUAAUAAUGCACUUUCCUGAAAAAAUUAGCUUUUGAUGAAAGGAGAAUAUACUGUAACUAGUAUAGUUUUGAGAAAUGUGCCUAGGUAUCCUGUAUGCACCUACGGUAUACUGAGAAAGAGAAGCCUUUGUGCAAAAAGGAUCUAGAACGUGGCUUAGACAUUUGUUAUUUUCCAGGAACCACUAGGUUUGUCUCAGAGGGGCUGCUGGACAUUCUCUUGAUUGUAGAAUUUUUUAUGGGGGGGGGGGGGGGCAAAAAGCUUAUGUGUUUUUUCAAAUACUUUGGUGUGUUGGGAAUGCUUAGCUCCCAUUUUCCCUGGGCCCUGCUCACUUUUCAGAUCUGUGAGCCAGAUCCUAAUUUGUUAUAUGUAAAAACAUAUAGAAUCCCUUACUUUUUGUGGGGGCAUAAGCUGGGAUGAAUUGACAAUAGAUUUGAUACAAACUUUGAUAGGUUCCUCAGUUGGUUAUACAAAGAAGAUUGUGACCUUACUUCACCCUCAGUAUGGGUCUGUAUUAAAAUUAUUUCACAAUUUAUCCUUUGGUGUAACCAAUGUUGAAUUUGACCCUGAAAACCUUUCCUUGCUGUCUAGUUGAAAGUCCGGUCCCUGCAUUGUUGACCUACAAGUCUAACUUGCUGAUACUAUAUUUCAACAUCUGUCAUUCUAGUGUUUUACAGUUUUGAAAGGCUAGUGUGGUCUGCUUUGCAACAAUCUGUAAUAGGGAAGUAUAUGGGAAAGCCCAGUGUGCAGAGCUGUGCUGCAGUCUGCAACCCUGCUUUGGUAUAUAGUCUGGUAUAUGGUCAAUAUUCCUAUCCCACUGCAUACUGUUGCACAUAAAGCAAUGACCAGAUAUAGGUAGUGGUGUUCAGCAGCCUUGCUGUAUAGAUAAACUCUUGGGGGGCAUAUUUAUUAAAGUGUGUAAGGCAACAUCACAGGUGAUGUUGCCCAUAUCAACCACGAACGUUCAGUUCUCAUUGCUGAUUGGUUGCUAUGGGCAACAUCACCAGUGAUGUUGGCUUAUAUACUGUAAUAAAUAUUCCAAUUGGUCUUGUUAAAGCCCGCAGAAUAUCACUCACUUUGGACAUUUGCACUUUUCCCAUAGAUGCAUCUUUAAAUAAACCUUUUAAAUGAAAAUAUGACCAAACAUACCCCAUUAAAUACAGCAGUGAUAUUUUAGCAGUAAAAUUUGAUUUCCAGGCACUAGCCAUCUGAGCAACCCAAGGGACAGGAAGAUUAAUUGGCUCAGCCUUAGAAGCUGACAGUUUGUGUGCUCUCUUCCAUAUAACAGAUACUGUCCUUCCCUGUGGAAAAAUCUGUUUAUAGAACUGGGUUGUUAUCCAAGGCAUUGUGCUUACGGGAGCAGAGAGUUCCUUCCUUUACUCCUCUGGAUUAUUGCCUGCAGGAGUUGGGCCUGUUCCGCUUUCUAGUGGGUGGGCUGUAAUGCACAACACAGGUGGCUCCAUAUUCAUCUGCAAACCUUAGUGCCCCAGGCAAAAUCUCCAUCCAUUAAAUGUCUGCUAUUUGUAAAGGGGAAAUAUAGCUCAGAUACAAAUUGCUACUGUAUGUAGGCAUGAAACGUCAAGUUGUAGAACUCCAUCCAACUAAAGUGACCCUUCCCUGGCCGAUCUCAGUAAGUUAACUAACUAAUUGGCCUGUGGUUCCCCUUUAUUUCCUCAUCUGCCAGUGCAUCAUGAACAGGCCAACAUGGUAUGCCAGCAGAUGACAUUUUUAAACCUGCCCAAAUGACAAUCCAACCAGUCUCCCUGGUACAUAAA